AAAGGUUUUUGUUUUCUUCCUCUUCGUUCGUCUUCUUCCUCCGUCUGUCCUCUGUUCUUGCAUGCUGAGUCUUGUUUUGCUCCGAUCUCACGCCGAGCAUAGCUGAGAAGCGCAAGCGAGGCGUGCGGGAAGGGAGCUGACGAGCGGAUAGAGGGAGAGGGAGGCGAUAAAGAUCCGAAUAUGGAGCCGAGUCGGGGCCGGAACCCGAACCCCAACCCGCCUCAAGGGCUAACGUCGGAUGAGCUUGCGGAGCUCGACUCCGUCAUCCGGACUUACCACAGGUUCGAGCCCUCGCCGAACACGUGCACGUCCCUCAUCACGCAGAAGAUCGAGGCCCCCGCCCGGCACGUCUGGCCCUUGGUCCGCAGCUUCGACAACCCGCAGCGGUACAAGCACUUUAUCAAGAGCUGCCACGUGCGGGGCAGCGGAGACGGCUGCGUGCGCGUUGGGUCCGUGAGGGACGUCACGGUCGUGUCGGGCCUCCCGGCGUCGACGAGCACCGAGCAGCUCGAGAUCCUGGAUGACGAGCAUCACAUCCUGAGCUUCCGGGUAGUCGGGGGCGUGCACCGUCUGAAGAAUUACCGGUCGGUGACAUCGGUGAACGAGUUCGAGAGGGAAGGGAAGGUGUACACGGUGGUGCUGGAGUCGUAUGUCGUGGACAUUCCCGAGGGCAACACCGGCGAAGAUACGAAGAUGUUCGCCGACACCGUCAUAAAGCUGAAUCUCGAGAAGCUUGGGGUUGUGUCCGUGGCUUCUAUGCAUGGAGGGCACGGUUGAUCUUUCUUGCCGUCGGCUACAUUUGGCUCGCGACGACGAGACCGCCAAUUUAUUAGGUGAAAUUCUUGUGUAGACCCGAUUCGGUUCGCUAAUAGGGGUUUUUUCUUCUUCCUUUUUUGGUGACUGAAACCGCCAUGAUUAAUUCGGGUACAUGUGAGGCUUACUUGCUUCCAUGCGAAGUAUAAAUGUUUGCUUAAGAAGGAGAGACCUAAGCAAUGUAUGCUAGCA